AGAAGCGACACACUGGCAAAUCAAACGGUUACACACGGACACCUCGCCACCCGCCACUCUGCCAUCCUAGUUGACCCCCAGCUGACCUCUGGCUCAGACGUCCAGAACGCUGUCAGGGUAUAAUUUUGGACUGCCACUCUCUUCUGCCAACAUAAGAGCUAGCUUGAGCUUCACAUUACACUCUGCGUGACAUGUGUGGUAUGGGUUUGUGUGUGCUCACGCCUCUGUGUGAGCGCCCAUCAGGAUGUCUUCGUUGGGUUUGCGUCCGCAGUGACUCAUCAAAUUACUUUAAUUAAGUUGCGACAAUUCAAAGGGUUGAAACAUUUUUUAAAUGCAAAGGAGAAGAGGAGAGAAAAAAUUAUAAAAUGUUGAGGGGAGGAGGAGUAGAGGAAAAAUGUAUUUGGAAUAUGUCAAUUGGAGAAUGCAGGCACUUAUCACUUCUGGUUGGAGAUAAGUCUACCACAAGGACAGUCACAGAAGAGGCAGGAAAAGUCUCCCUGAGUCACAGAUAUUUCCCUAAUUCUAUUUCCCGAAUAUUUUUAAAUGUUUAGUAAUCUACUGCUCAUGAUUAUUCAUGAACGUGUCCUGGGUGACCGAGACAAUGUCCUCCUCACACCGUGACUGACGUCUAUGACUCUGUGACUCUGUCUUUGGGAGUUGAUGGAGCAUCACUACACCGCGCAGAGCUCAGUGUUUCCCCUAGCUUUACAUAAACUGAGGCUUACCGCCUACACUUUUGGUUCCAAUUAAUUUUAAAUGAAAAUGUUUGGGUUGACUAACCUGGAUGUUUGCUUUUGUGCAUUAACCCAAUAUACAGUAUAUCUACAUUGCAUCCAAUUAUAUACAGUGAGGUCCAAAAGUAUUUGGACAGUGACAAAUGUUUUGUUCUUUUGGCUCUGUACUAUGAAGUUAAAGUGACUGUCAGCUUUAAUUUGUCAGAUAUACAUCCAUAUUCAGUGAAUUGUUGAGAAUUUACAGUACUUUUUGUACACAGUCCCCCCCUUUUAGGGAACCAAAUGUAUUUGGACAAAUUCACCUAUACUGUAAAACUUCAAUUAAAAGCAGUCUUUCAAAUAGCUGCUUGUCCCUUUUUAAUAGCCGGGCAACGGCACACAUUUGAGCAAAUACAUGGCUGUUUCAAAUAAACUCUGGGCCUAAAUGAAUUGUUUACGAGGUUACCAUGAAUUACCAUGAAUUGCUUACAAGGUUUAAUGUUUGAUAUGUUACAUUAAAUAAUUCUGUAAUGACUUGGAAAAAAUGAUGGCAUCCAUUUUUAUCGCCAGUAAAAAACUGCUAGCCAGAUGAUAACACAUUAGUGCAGGAAAUGAAGAAAUUGAUUAAAAUGCUGGAAGUGAAUGCUGCAAUUAAACAAUUAACUAUGCAAAUGUUCAAAAGCUGUGUGCAUAUACAGUGGGGAAAAAAAGUAUUUAGUCAGCCACCAAUUGUGCAAGUUCUCCCACUUAAAAAGAUGAGAGAGGCCUGUAAUUUCCAUCAUAGGUACACGUAAACUAUGACAGACAAAAUGAGAAAAAUAAAUCCAGAAAAUCACAUUGUAGGAUUUUUAUGAAUUUAUUUUCAAAUUAUGGUGGAAAAUAAGUAUUUGGCCAAGCCAAACAGGAAAUGCCAGGGGAAGUAGUCAUUUUGCAGAUGAUUCUAAACACUGUGAUUAUGCACCCUGUAUCCGAGGCAACCUGGAGCCAGGGAGAAGCAGUGUAACAGACUCACCUCUGUCAUUCUAUUCACACUACUCUGCCACUACUUUACACACUCUUGUAAACAGCACUUUCCUGUAGCUUAUUGAUUACAUAAAAUGUAGAGUUUCCUAGGUUCUAGGCAGUAUUCCAUCCCAGGGGCCCGUUUUAAUGACGUUCACUCAGAGAUGUCAUUUAAGGACGUUUUCUGGGAAAUGUUAAGUGCUGCUCUCUAUAUCACUCACUCACUCAUUCCCUGCUGAUGAAUAGUAGUAUUUAUUAGGAUCCCCAAUGAACUGCUGCUCCUGGGGUCCAAACAGGAUUCAAAACACAACAAAUAAAAUACACAAUAUACAUAACACUACAAUUACAUUACAAUUUAGCAGACGCUCCCAUCCAGAGCGACCCACAGCCAGUGCAUUCAUCUCAAGAUAGCCAAGUGAGACAACCAUAUAUCGCAGUCGUAACUCAACCACGUAUCACAUAUAAUACAAUGCAAAAAUGAAAUACAAAAUACAUAAAAAUGUCUGUCUCUCUUCACAGUCCCCGUCGUGCCGUAAGGUGUUAUUUUAUCUGUUGUUUGAAUCUGGUUGUAUUUCUAGCUUGAGUUACCUAGGGUGGCAGAGAGUUCCAUGUAGUCAUGGCUCUAUUUAAUACUGUGCGUAUCCCAGCCUCUGUUCUGGACCUGGAUAUUAUGAAGAGACCUCUGGUUGCAGGUCUAGUGUGGCACCGAUGAGUGUCCGAACUGUGUGCCAACUGCUUGAACAGACAGUUCGGUACCUUCAACAAAUCAACACCAGUGGUGCUGAUCUCUGAGUUCCUGUCUGAGCUCAUUACCCAAAGCUGUUAUAUCCUCCAUGUUGGCACCAGAUAUUCCACAACAAUUACAUUCCAAUAGGCAUUACAAGUAGAAUAAAAUAUAAAGGAACCAUUGAUGCACACAUGGAAAACACUAACUCUCAAACCGGGUUUGAUAAUGAAUGCCGAAUUCUAUAUGGCACUACCAAGCCCCUUCGGUCCUUUCAGGAAGUAGCGUCAAAACAGCUAACCUUAACUGCUUGUUUAGGAAGAUGAAUCUCUGUGUGGUUCUUCAAAUCAGAGAGAUUCUAGGGUUGUCACUAGUUACCACAAAGUCAAAAUUGGCUAUAUCAUAAAAAUUCAGAAACAAAAAUGUGCUUUUUAAUCUUAAUUUAAGGUUAGGCAUAAGGUUAGCAGUGUGGUUAAGGUUAGGGUUAAGUUUAAAAUCAGAUUUUAAGAAGAUACAUCUUAGAAAUAGGUGGUGUUUGGCCAUAAUUUUGACUUUGUGGCUGUGGUAACUAGUGAAGACCGAUUCUAAAACUCCUUGGUGCCAAACUAUCUCUUUCACAUUCCGGGACCUGAAUGUCUGUGUGAUCCUUGUAUUCUUCAAGCCUUAGCAUGUGUACAUGCAUCACAGCUUUGUCCUUGUUAAGGUUACUGCAGGUUAUCUUAAACUUGGGAGUUUCUGAGGAUAAAUGAGGACCGAUGGCAGAGGGAGAGGGUAGGGAUGAUUGAGGAAAGUUAGAACCUGACAACUCUGUCGGUUGUCUUCAUGAUGACAGUCCUAAAUUGCCGAUCCAGAUCCAGCAGAGGUAGUAGGCAGCUAGUGUAGUCCAUUUGUUGACAUAGGUGGGUUUCCAAGACACAGAUGGGUUUCCAGAUCAGUCAACGCUUAUCAAUGUUGCCUUCUGGAGUACUAAACUCAACACGACUCUCUCUCCUUGAUCAGAUCCGUUUUUUUGAUGUUGUUUCUUUGCGUUUUUAGUUCAAAUGAUGUUUAUUUUUGUUGAUUUGGGAUUUGUGGCAGCUAGUGUAGUCCAUUUGUUGAUUGAGCCAGUGUCCUUUGUGCUGUGUUUUUCAUUCUGCUGCUUUGGUCUGAAUACAUUGUGGCAAGACACAGGUGGGUUUCCAGAUCAGUCAACUCUGUGUGUUUCAUCUUUGGGUCUAAGGCUGGCUUCUCUUUGAUGUGCCUCCUACACACUUAGCGAAAUUGCAACAUUUAUUGUAAUUUCUCAGACUGCUGUUGACAGGAGUUUUGUGCACGCUUGUAUAGCCUAGGCGUGUUUGUGUGCGUGUAUGUGCGCGUGUGCAUGCAUGUGUGUAUACACGCUUAUGCCACAACCGCGGCUAAAUAUUCAAGCUGUUCGAACAAGAGGAGGUGUGAAUCCAUUUCUGAUGGCUUGGUGUCCAAAUCCUCACUGGGACACAAUAAUACCAGCUCGACCAUGAUUGAAUCAGGCCCUGUCUAAUGUAGGACAGCUAAAAAAGACACUCUGAGCUGUGCUCCAGUGAUAUUUGCAGUGCAAGACGUGCGUGUUUGUGGAGGAAGGUGUGAAAGUGUCAGCCAUUUCAGAGCAUGAUGAAUAGGGAUGAACACCUGCUGAUGGCUUCUGUAGUCAGUCUCCCCUGUGUUCUACUGUCAGCACUUCACUAGCCACCCUGUCUUUUCUCUCUCUCUCUUUAUGUCUCUCUCUUUCUCUCACUCUCUUCCCAACUCUCUCUCUCUCUGUCUCUCUCUCUGUGGAGCCAGUCUCCUCUACGACAACCUAAUCACAGAGACACUGGCGUUCACAACAGAACAUACGUCUAAUUUUGAACCCACACCUCCUUUUACAGCGUUAAAACAUUACAGUCCCUUGAUACCAGUGUGGGUAUAGGCAGGUAUAUUUCUCUGAAGCGGAGAAUCACUCCAAUAUAAAUCAGCUCCCUGAUCAAAUGAAGCAGUGCAGCAGACAGACUGACACAAACCCCACUCCUGCUUAUCAAUGUUGCCUUCUGGAGUACUAAACUCAACAUGACUCUCUCUCCUUGAUCAGAUCCGUUUUUUUUGUUGUUUCUUUGCGUUUUUAUUGCAACUUAUGUUUAUUUUUGUUCAUUUGGGUUAUUUUGUCUGUGCAGUCUGCGCCGGAAGGCGUUUCUCAGAAGCUGAAAUGUAAACAGAACGGGGGCGAGAUGUCAACACGUUCCCCUUGUAGCCCAGGGGACCUGGCUGUGUGUUUUAUUUAAAUAUUUUUGUAUUUAACCUUUAUUUGCUAGGUACCAUAUUGAGUGGGGGCAUGUGGAGAUGAGAGGGGUGUGUGUGAGAGGGGUGUGUGUGUUCUCCUUGUGCGUCACUCUGAAGGCUUCCUGGAUGAUUUGUAUGCUUUGGUAAUCACAAUCAAAUCCGCGUUUCGGAUUUGUAUACAUGAGCCUCUAUCUUUGAGCCGAUAAGAAAACAGGUAGGCUGUCUAGACUGUGAUUGCACAGAGCAAUUGAUGUGUGCGUGUGCGUGUGUGUGUGACAAAAUCCUUAUCGUUAUCCCCUGUUGUUUUCCAGCCACCAGACUCAGACUACCUGCUGGGACAAUCCAAAGAUGACAGAGCUUUACCAAUCGCUUGGUAUGGAACACAUGGACAACCAGACAUGCAUGCACACACACAGACUCCACUCCACUCAUGUAAUCACAAAAAAAUCACAUUCACUCCACACACAUUUUACACCACACAGUAGCUGCAAAGUUCUCUCUCUCUCGCGUUUUCUUUCUCCCUCUCUCUCUCGCUCUCUCUCUCACACACACACACACACACACACACACACACACACACAUGCACACACUUUCACAACCCACUCACACUGACUGUAAACAUCCAUAUUUAUGUAGUCAUCCUAUUGCGGUGGCGAGUGUUACUGUUCUUUAAUGAGCAGAUGGAUCAGUAAUUUUUUACAUUUACAUUUUAGUCAUUUAGCAGACUCUCUUAUCCAGAGUGACUUACAGUUAGUGAGUGCAUACAUUUUCAUACAGUAAUAAGCUGUGAAACUCUGGGACCAUUUCCUGAAGGCCAACACUCAACAAAUAGGACUCCACUCCUCCGAGAGAGGACUCAUUAACCCAAUUACCAGUCAUUUCCAGCCAUCCCUGUGUGACCAUAUAUAAAUGACAAUACAGCACAUAUUUUCAAUAGGUUUCCAGUUUGACAUCAUUAUUUCAUGUCUCCCCACCUUUCCAGUUAUUUUAUGCCCGUGUGUCAGACUGCUAUUAUACAUUCUGUAUGAUGUAUUUCCUCCCUCUGUUCUCUCUCUUUCUAUCUUUCUUUCUCUCUCUUUUAGCCGACCUGAACAACGUGAGAUUUUCCGCUUACAGAACAGCCAUGAAGAUCCGCAGGCUACAGAAAGCACUAUGCUGUAAGUUUCCUUUUCUCUACACCCACACACACACCUCACCUAAAUGUCCUCAGGCUGCAGAGAUUCCUGUGCCAUCAGUAUCUUCUCCCUCCUCACCUAUUCACAACAUAGUCCAGGUGCAAGGCAUCAGAUGCCUUAAUGACCUGAUCUACUGCCAAACAUUUUGGCUCUAGUCUGACAUGGAGGGGCUUAUUUAGAAAUAUGUCCAUCCCACUUUGCAGGUGUGUGCGUGUGUGUGCAGGUAUGUGAUUGAGUUUGUGUGUACCUGUAUGUGUGAACAUCAUUUUGUUUAGCUGAGAAUCCACCUGUGCCGCUGUCUGUUUCAUUCCGAAAGGGAACAAAUUGUCUUCUACAAUAACCAGCUGGCUAUAGCUAUCAUUGUGUUAGUUAUUCCCUGUUGGCUUCUGAGAGUGUGUGGAGAAAUAUGAUCACCUGAUCCUCUGGGUACUGUCUGUACCUUGCUGCUGGGACUGGACCAGGCUCUCUACCAUAAUUACCGAGGUGUUUUAUUUAUUAUUAGUUAUUACUCUGGCUUAAUGUGUGCUCUGAAACAGAGAGUGAGUGAGUGAGGGUGGAAGGGAGGGGAAGGAGGGCGAGAGAGGGAGGAGAGAGAGAGGGAAUGAGUCAGUAUAUUUUCCUCAAACCCCUUCCCGUUAGCAGGUGUUUUGUUUUCCCUCCAUGGACCCCAACUGUGAGACGUGUGUGUUUGUGUGUGUGUGUCUCGUACACACUCACACAGCAAGAUUCCCCUUAAACAGCUAAUUAGGUUAACUCUGAGCCGUGGGCUGCAGUAGCUGUAACAUAAAUUUGUUGGCCUGCCACCCUGGUGUCACACCAAUGUAUACAGCCACCUCAUAUCCUGUAUAUGGCCCAUGUUGUGACAUUCCAGCCAUCUGUAAUUUUCUGUGGCAGUUUCCAGUGUUCUUCACCAUUUUAUAAUGGCCUUUGUUGUAAUUGAGUGGUCUUAGUAAACAACUUUGGGAAAUUCAUCUCCCUCCCUCCCUCCCUCCCUCCCUCCAGUGGACCUGUUGGACCUGAACGUGGCCCAGAGCACCUUCGAACAGCACAAGCUUACCCAGAAUGCCCAGCUGCUGACGGUGCCUGACGUGAUCAACUGUCUGACGUCCAUCUAUGACGGGCUGGAGCAGCAGCACAAGGACCUGGUCAACGUUCCGCUGUGUGUCGACACGUGUCUCAACUGGCUGCUCAAUGUCUACGACACGUACGGCGACACACGCAUUAUACCCAUGUAUUAAAAACACGCACAGCUUGUAGAAUUUGUAUUUCUUUUAUUUUCUCUUCCUGUGUAUGUGUGUUCCCUCCCUCUGUAGCGGACGCAGUGGGAAGAUUCGUGUCCUGUCCAUGAAGAUAGGAUUGCUCUCGCUCUCCAAGGGCCAUCUGGAGGAGAAAUACAAGUGUAAGUACCACCCCAUCGCACAAAACCCCUUUUUACACACAUAACACACACAGAAACACUCAAACACACACGCACACACACACACACACAAAGUGAAGUCAUACAACUUUAUCACACACUUUGACACACACACACGCUGAUGUGAAUUGAGAGCAGCCCCGUGGUGAGCGUUGUAGUGUUCUCCGUGCCAUCGUAUCCCAUAAUGCCCUCUGCCAGGCUGUAAUCCCAGCUCAGUUACCCAGGGUGAUGAACGGCUGGACCCGUGGCAGAGGACGCCAGUGAAUGGCCCGUCUAGAUUAGAUGAGAGACCUCCCACUAGUUUUGUAUUUUUGUAUAUUUUUUUUUGCAGGGGGAUUGUGGCUGGUGCACUGGGGGAGUGUGCUCUGUCGUUUCUGAAAACAUUCAGUCCAUCCUCACUUUGCUCUCGCUUUUGUGUCCUCUUGUUUUCUCCUUCAGAGUAGAAAUAUUAAGUAAGCCUGGGGCUCAUGUGAUUUUGAGGUCGUUGACAAUGUCCAACGUAGUGACUAUGAAGGCUUAUGAAGCUGAUACGCAUGGCUGCUCAUGGAUAAGAAUGCCCAGCACAGGACGUGCAAAAAUGAAGAAGAGACAUAGUUACUUAACCUAAUGCAAGCUGACAUCAAGACUGGUUUGUGCAUAUGCAGACACACACAGAAUGGUAGAAGUGGCAUUACCAUUCCACAUAAGGAGAGCUGACAUCAAGGCAGAGUCUCACACAGAGAUCAAAGACAUGACCAGGCAGAACAGAUAGAUAGUAGAGCCAUAUCUCUCCAUCCUUUUAUUGCCCCCUUUAGCCAGUAGAAGGGGGAGUCCCUCUCUUCGCGACGUGUGGUUCGGGGGUGGUCUCUAUGUGAUGUCGGAUCUGGCUCGAGCGCCAGGAGCGCGGAGAACGAGAGAAGAGAGAGCGAGCCGGGGGAGGGAGAACAUGAAGCAGCGAGAGCAAAGGCAGCCAGCGCGAGCGGGGGGGCGCGAGAGAGAGGGAGGGAGAGAGAAAGACGAGAAAGAGAAGAGGAGCGGGGGGAGGAGCGAGAGAAGAUAGAGAGGGCAGAGAGAGGGAGUGAGAGCGAGGGGAGCGAGGGAGAGGAGAGAGAGGGAGGGAGAGCGGGAAGGCGAGAGCGAGCGGAAGGAGGGAGAGAGAGGAGAGAGAGGGUUCUCUCUCUCUCUCUCUUCUAUCACGCUCGAAAACUAAGAGCGCGAGCGAGAGAUGCUCGAUCUCUUGUCUUUCUUUCAAGAUGCCACACUCCUACUUUCUCUUUCUGUCUUUCAUCUCUUCCUCCUCCUCUUCUCUUUCUCUUUCUCUUCUCUUUCUUUUCUCUCUCUCGCUCUCUCUCUUCUCUUUCUCUUCUCUCUCAUCUCCUCCUCUAUCUCUCUCUCUCUCUCUCUUAUCUACUAUCUCUCCUCGCCGAUAUCGCGCCUAGCUCGCUCUCUUUUCCUUCUUUGUCCAAUCUGUGAGUUAACAAGGCAGACAGAGCUCUGACAAGAAUCAACUGAGCUCUUGCAUUCAAUUUUGUUUUGUUUUACGACUUAAACAAAAAAACAUUGUGUGUGUACGUCUAGACCUCUAUAAUCCUUUUUAACAAUUGGUAGAUGCCCCUUCCUCUCCCCUCAGAGCAGGGGUUGUUGGGUAAUUGACUGCUUUCCUGUGAUAGUGAGGCGGAGAUGAGCAUUUAGAGAGAGAGAAAGACUGAUUAUUUUGGGUUGGGCUCAGCUCACCAGGACUCUUCUACUGUACCUCCUCCUUCCCGAGCUCUUAGUGACGACUACCCACAUAAAGCUAUUAAUACACACGCUGACAAAACACACUGACUCACACUCACACAACACACUCACACUGAUAAAGAGUGACAGUAGAGUCUUGGAUGAGAAACUGUGUUUGUGUAGUCUCGUAGCUCAAUCUCUUUCUUUCUUUCUUUCUUUCUUUCUUUCUUUCUUUCUUUCUUUCUUUCUUUCUUUCUUUCUUUCUUUCUUUCUUUCUUUCUUUCUUUCUUUCUUUCUUUCUUUCUUUCUUUCUUUCUUUCUUUCUUUCUUUCUACCAGACCUGUUCAGUCAAGUGGCAUCAUCAGGGGAUACGUGUGACCAGAGACAGCUGGGUCUGCUGCUCCACGACGCUAUCCAGAUACCACGGCAACUAGGAGAGGUUGCCGCCUUCGGAGGGAGCAACAUCGAGCCCAGUGUCCAGAGCUGCUUCCAACACGUAUGUAUACACGUACACCCACACGCAUGCAUGCACACACACACACAUGGAUUCACGCAGUCACACGCGCACACACACAAAACACAUACACAUGACUCAUGAAAGUACAACUAUAAACGUUAACAUGGUUGGCCUGUCCUGUAAUGUUUUACUGCUGCCAUCCAAGCACUUUCCCUGUGUCUAUGUCUGGCCACCGCUCCUGUUUAA